CGUCCCAAGGAGACCAAUCCCGUUAUCCCAUCCCAAUAAAAAUCUCCAACAAGGCCAUAACCUUUACUCAAGGGCAUAAUCGUCAACCUGUCUCCAUCUUCCCCUCUUCUCUAUCAAAGCCCACCCGCUCAUCCCCUUUCCUCCCUGUUCUGUUCCAAAGGUCCUCCUUUUCGCUUUCUUCCUUGAUUCUUGCUCCAAAUUCUCAUCACGGUCUUCAAAAUCUCGGCAUUUUAUUCUCUUCUCUCUUCUAUCUCCACCAUUAUUACACUUCUGCAAAGGAGAAGACUUUGUUGCUGACCGAGAUGAACUCUGGAACGCCUUUGCCGGCGGAUCAGCUUCUUCCGGCUCUGGGCCUCUCGAAACUCAAUUGGGAACAGUCAAUGGAGUCACUGAGCUCCAUUCUUCCUCCGCCGCACUCCGGCGAGAUGGCUGGCUUGAUGGGCAACUCUCUCAAUUAUAUGCAUGCCAACAAUUUGAUGCAAUUACCCACUGAUCCGGGGUUCGCCGAGAGAGCGGCGAGGUACUCUUGCUUUAGUUCUGCCAACUAUGGCGCAUUUUCCGUCAUCCCGGAGGCCGCCGGAGUGCUGUCUAUGGUAUCGAGUAGCCGUUGUGUUAAGGGUAAGGAGAGCUCUGGUCAGAGUCGUGCGCAGCUUGAGAUGGGAGAUGGAGAAUUUGGAAGUAGUAAGGAGGAUUCUUCGGUCACAGAUCCAGCUUCUGUUCCUGGAGAGAGUCAUGCGAAGAAGAGGAAGGCAACAGCGAGGAGAAAAGUAAAGGUCACAGCUGAAAAUGAUUUGAAUGCAAAGAAAUGCCGUUCUUCGGAGGGUUCUGAAAUUGAAAAGAGGAGUAUUACGCCUAAAGAAGAAGAGAAUGUUGAUGAGAAGAAGCAUGAAAAGGAGGAUGGAGAAAAGUCCCCUGAACCUUCCAAAGAUUACACCUAUGUCAGGGCAAGAAGGGGCCAAGCCACAGAUAGCCAUAGUCUUGCAGAAAGAGUCAGAAGAGAGAAAAUCAGCCAGAGAAUGAAGCUUCUUCAAGAUCUUGUGCCAGGAUGCAACAAGAUAACUGGAAAAGCGCUAAUGCUCGAUGAGAUUAUAAACUAUGUGCAGGCAUUGCAGCGGCAAGUUGAGUUUCUCUCAAUGAAGUUGGCCACAGUGAAUCCCGGGCUUGAUUUCAACUUAGAGAAUCUCAUCUCCAAAGAGACUCUUUUGAACCAAGCAAAUGCUUCUUUCUCGAGCUUACUUUACCCCUUGGAAAACUUGUCUGCUUCAGUAAUUAAUUUUGAUCAACACUCUAAUGAGGAAAGCCCUAUUCCUUUUACUCUAGCAAAUGGAAUUGAUUACCAUUGUUCUACUCUUCAUAAAGCUGCAAUCAUGCAGUCAUCCCUUGAUAUGUUUGCAGCUUCUGCCUCUCAGGCUGAGAAUCUAUGGGACGAAGAGCUUCAUAGUGUUCUUCAAUCGAGCUUUGGGCUGAACCAGGAGAUUGAAGUGACCUCUCCGAUCAGAGCUUUCUUGGGCAGUUGUCCAUAGCCCAAAUGAGGAUUGAGUUCUAGUUUCAUUGGCUUCAAGUGAAAUUGCAAGAAUUCUUUGUAAAUAUGGAGAGAUGAGCUUGGAAUGGUGAUAGACUAUCUAAAACUGAUGAUUUUCAGUGGUUACUAUAAUUUCCGUCUAAUUUCCCUUCUUACCCUACUUGGGUUAUUGAUUAUUAUAAUUAUGAUUUUCCUUUGUAGUGCUUUGAUAUAUUGUUUAGGCUAAUGUCAUCCUGUGGUGCAAUUUAUAUCUCAACACCACAUGUAAGAUGUAAUUUGGUGAGAGGGAGAGAGAGAGAGAGAGAGAGAGAGAGAGAGAGAGAGAGAGAGAGAGAGAG